AAUAAUCUCACACAAUUCCAUCCUCAACUAAAUCUUCAUCCUCAAAAUUCGUCAAACGAUGGUAUUAUUCCAUGAAGCCUCUUUCGCAGGGGCAGUUCUACUGUCCAGCCUCAUCACCAUGUCCUGCUUCAAGCCGCCCAACGAGGUUCCACGCGACGGCUGGAAGCAAGACAGUCUUGGAACAUACGCCAGCCCAGCCGCAGCACGAAUCCGACGAAUUCUUGCCGUCAGCGUUGGCAUUUUCCAUGCCCUAAUUUCCAUGGGCUACGGUGAUUCCAGCCUCUUAUGUCCUCGUCCUGAGAAUCUGAACUCAGAGCUGUUCAGCUGGAAUACAUAUACACUGGCUUGUCUCUCGAUGAUCAUUCUCGUCGGUGGACCGCUUCGGCUCACGGCCUUUGCUCAUCUUGGAAAAAACUUUACUUUUCAACUUGGACCGCCUGAUACCUUGAUGACGGAUGGUAUCUAUCGGUAUAUUCAGCAUCCUGGAUACACGGGGCAAAUUGUGGUCUUGGUCGUCAACCUCGCCCUGUUUUUGCGAUGGGACGGCGCAUUCGGUUGCUGGGUUCCUCAAGGCUUUCGAUCGACAUUCCGCGGCUGGGGCUUGAUCUUUUGCUUGGUUCUUGUGUUUGGAAUUCUGCGGAGACUUGUGAUGAGGGUGAAGGAUGAGGAGAAGAUGUUGAAAGAUACUUUUGGAGAGAAAUGGUUUGCUUGGAGUCGGGCCACCGCGCGCUUCAUCCCAGGCGUGUUCUAGAUGAUCUGAUUAACCAGAUGCCAGUCUAAGUAAGGAACGAAGCGUAGUGGUGUAGUUCGGAGUGUUAAACAUGUCGGUCUGCUGUUCGCCUUUUUGGAGGAUUAUUUCGUAUGGCUGUCGAUGGGAAUAAGCACAUUUUUACAAACACGACUACUACCCGAUAACGGGAAACUGAAGAGCGAUACAAGUACUAGAAUAGAUGCGUGUUGCAACAGUAGAUAACAAUCAAUAUGAAGCUUAGUUUGAUCAUUGCGAC